CGUCUUUUAUUUUGACACUGACCGGAUACAGUGGGUGACGUCAGAGAGUGCGCAUGUCAACCACCCGUACUGCUCACACGUGAAGAAAGUGGACCUCAAACUCUGGUGAACCAAUGUCCAAAGCAAAACAAAAACGAACUAAGCGGCUCUUCCUCGGAAAACUCAAGAGCACAGAUGGAAGAAAGGCUGAUGCUUCCGGUCAUACUAAGAAUUCAGAGCAGCAUGUCAAAAAUCCCAGACAUCCGGAGGAAAUCCGGAAGCAAAGGCUCCAGGACCUCCAGGAAAAGCAGAGAAGGUCAAGAGAGCAGGAGCUGAUGAAGAGGAGAAAUUUACAAAGCUUUCAAAAUGACAUCCUACAACGACAAAGGCAGUUUGAGCAGAGGGAGACAGAGAUGCAGAGUUUGGAGAAGCAUGUUAAUUUUGAGAAUGAAAAUUCAAGAAAGGCAUAUUACAGAGAGUUCAAAAAGGUAGUGGAGGCCUCAGAUGUGAUUCUGGAGGUUUUGGAUGCACGUGAUCCUCUUGGCUGUAGAUGUCCUCAGGUGGAGCAGGCAGUCAUUCAAAGUGGAACCAACAAGAAGAUAGUUUUAGUGCUUAAUAAAAUUGAUUUGGUGUCAAAGGAAAUUGUGGAAAAGUGGAUUAAAUAUCUUCGGAACGAGUUUCCUACCAUCGCUUUCAAAGCAUCCACUCAGCAACAGUCAAAGAACCUGAAACGCAGUAACGUACCAGUCACACAAGCCACCACCGAGCUUCUAAGUAGCAGUGCUUGUGUUGGUGCAGACUGCUUGAUGAAGCUACUCGGCAACUACUGUCGGAAUCUGGACAUAAAGACAGCCAUCACUGUAGGUGUUGUAGGUUUUCCUAAUGUGGGAAAGAGUAGCUUGAUUAACAGUCUGAAACGAGCACGUGCCUGUAGUGUUGGAGCCACUCCUGGCGUCACUAAGUGUCUUCAACAGGUGCAUUUGGACAAACACAUUAAGCUCCUGGAUUGCCCUGGUAUUGUCAUGGCAACUUCAACGACUGAUGCAGCAAUGAUUCUACGGAACUGUGUGAAAAUCGAGCAGCUUGUAGAUCCCCUUUCUCCUGUAGAAGCCAUUCUUCGACGCUGCAACAAGUCACAGAUCACGGAGCACUAUGGAGUUUCGGACUUUCACACAGCUCUGGAGUUCCUUUCAAUGCUUGCUCGACGUCAAGGCAAACUUAGAAAAGGAGGACUGCCUGACACUGACAAAGCAGCUAAGAGUGUGCUUCUGGAUUGGACCGGGGGAAGGAUCAGCUACUUCACACACCCUCCAGAGACACACACUCUUCCCACACAUGUCAGUGCUGAGAUUGUUACAGAGAUGAGUAAAGCGUUUGACUGGGAUGAGCUGGAAAAGGGAAAUCAGGAAGUUCUUGCAGAGUCAGCUUGCCCUGAUGUCCAAAUGGGGUUCUGCAUGGAAACCACGGGAAUGACACAAGGUGGUCUGAGUGACCCAUUUGCGGACUUGGAAAUGGCUGGGAAGACCUAUGAAGAGCCAGCAUUUAACGAUGAAAGUGAAGUGAUGGAGGAUGAUCAAGACCCAGAGUUCGGACCAAUGACUGUGGAAAUAAAAUCCCAGAAGUCAAAGACUGACUCUGUAGCAAAUGAUGCUGCAUCCAGGGCUCCAGGUUUGAAAGAUAUACUGCAUGUAGAUCCUCUGCAGCAGGGCCAUGCACUCCUUGCUGCCAGCAAGAAAAGGAAAAAGCAACAAAAAAGAGCUGACAAAAUUGCCACCAAACUCUCUGACACUCUGACAUCAGCGAUGGAUUUUUCAUUUUCAGAUAGUUAAAAUAAACUGUUGAAAUAA